GGAUUUUGACAUAUUGAGUAUUUGAAACUACUUUGAUUGUAUUGCAAACUUUUAUGCAAACUGUUAAUUAAUUGAGGUUCAUUGUUAAGGUAGUUACCUUUUGGAAUUGUGAAGAUGGGGAAAGAGAAAGAAGACGCAUCCCGCAUAACACCUCCUAUCACUAAUCCAUCAACCCCGGACAUAUCAAGACCACUUUAUUCAGGCGUUUCAAACUACAUGCCAAGUUACUACGGUCCAAUGCCUCAUGCGUGGUUACCACCUUUUAUGCCUAAUCCAAGUUCCAACCCAUAUCCAUGGACCAACCAGCAACACCCAUGGAAUUCUACUUGCGCUGCUGCGUCAAGUACUGCUGCCCUGAGUAGUUCCGCUACCUUGUAUAGUUCUGCCAUACCAAUGAUGGGGCAUCUUCCAACUACCUAUCCAUAUCCAUGGAGCAAUCAGGUUAUUAUUUUUUACAAUAUUUACUAUCUUGUUAUUGUGCUUUAUUUUUCUGGACUAUACAUUUUUGUUUCUAAGUAUGUGUAUUAAAUUUUUAUUUGCAAAACUACAGCAACAAACAUGGAACUCUACGAUCGCACCCCUGUCUAGUUCCGCAACUAAUGUUAGCUCUAGUGUAGCUACUAGGUCUAGUGUACAAAGCAGCGC